AUGGGCAACGGAAACAGGGCGCAGCAGAAGCGCGAGCGCAACCAAAAGGAGCAAACGACGGCCAAGUCGCAGCUCAAAGUUAACCAGAAAGCCAUGAACAUUCAGUGCCAGAUCUGCAAGGCUACUUUCCUUCAGACCACCAAGGCUCCCGCAUUGUUGGAGCAUGCUUCAAACAAGCACAGCAAGGGCCUUGCCGACUGCUUCCCUGGCUCCGGCCAGUGA